GGAUUCGCUAGAGCUCAGGGAUACAACACACUGGCCUACUUCCGAGAGAGCUUUCGUCCGUGCCGACUUCCAAAGCGGGUUUGAGUAUAUACUUACAAGCACGCCAUUUCAGAGGGACGGCGGAAAGCUAUUUCUCCUUAUACUCUGACAGUACACAAACAUGAUUGGAAUCGACGCUGCUACGACUCUCAGACGAAGUAGAGAUCGAUCUCGCUUCUCGGGACCAUACCCGCACGCAUGCUUUCCUUCCAGGAUUAGGUUUUCGAGGACGUUGAAGCGAUUUUCCUCACUGGAAGCCCACGGUCAGUGUGGCUGGAUUUGUGGGGUGGCCGACCUCGCAAGUACGAAAGAGACUUGGCUGGGACUAGUAUCGCAAAUUGGACGAGAAGGUCCACUCUCUGGACAUUCCCGUAGUGCUCGUUAUCAGCAUGUCAAUUCGUUAGUGCCGCCUUGGGAUCGGGCAAGCCGACCACAAUAUUCAGUGCAGAUUUGUUGCGUAUUGCGCGUGGCCAGACAAAAUCCAUCCUUCUCGCGAUCACUUCGAUCUCGACAUGUGGCUAAUGCCGCAGUCAAUUCUGGGGUGCUGCGGUCUUCUUGGAGAUCGCCAGUGCUGUCUCGGAGGGAUGCAUGUUGGCUGAUUUGGCAGUGGAAAUCCCACAAUAUCGAUCAACAUGAGCGACAUACGGUUUCAACCAGACUUUCCAGCAUCAUUGGUUGGGAAAGGCAGCAGAAGGCAGAACUUUCAUACGCGUGCCGGCACUCUAAACCCUUUUCUCAGCAGAGCCUCGGUUUUGAACAUUGUUCACAGAAGUGUGCGCUGAACCCAUGAACAUCUCUCAAUAUUCCCGCUCACCCGAGACGCUGCAUCCACUCUCACACGAUCUGCCGAGCUCACACGUUCAUUCGCCGUAGCAAGUGUCGGAACUCUCCAGCGAAAACAAUCGUUCGCGCUUUUGAGGUAUCACACAAUACAUGAACAAACAUUAGCCGACAGUAUUUCAGUCAGUACACGUC